AUGAAAACCAGUACUAUUCUCGCGUGCUGGGUGUCAGCUGCAUCUGCCGCCUUCGACUUGAAUCGUGGGGGUGCAGUACUCAAAGCGCCUCAAGGCGACUCGUUUGCCAGCGUAACAGGCACUUUCACAGUACCGAACUUAUCGGGUAGCAACCGACUCUCGAUCUGGGUCGGCAUAGGGGACACACUUGAACAGGAGAACGUACUCGGUGGUGGCAUCGUGUACAACAGUACGCUCAGAAGCUUCUCUGCAUACUUCCCCGGUCCGGUGACAGAUACCACUUCGACGGUUCCUGUUGCCAACGGUAAUUCUAUCACCGUGACAGUCAGCGUGGCUACUGCAGGGGGUACUGUGACGAUUGAGAACAAGACGCAGAACAAGAGGACAACACAAACACUCGCAGCUCCGAAUGGCGUGGAUCCGUCCUCUCUGACUGCGCUGGCGGCAAACUGGUUCGUGCAGGCAUACCAGGUGAUCCCAGGCCAGCUUGUAGCUACACCGAAUUUUGGAACAGUAUCGUUUACUGCAGUUUCGGCAACUACUAAGAGCGGCGCGAAUGUCCCGCUCUCCGGCGCAGGUCGAUAUGAGAUACAAGGAACCAGUGGACAGAUGUACUCGAAGACAACGGUAUCGAACACUGGCGAUGACGUUCGCUUGGCCUCCCCUCCACAUUUCUCGACGCGUCGCGACUUCCCACCUGCAUCGUGCGACAACACCGGCAAGAUGCGCUUCAAGGCGUCGAUACAGAACAUUAAUACCUUUACGAAGCUCACGGCGUCGCUCAAUUCGCUCGGCCCGCUCGCGUGGGUGAAGCUCAGCGAGGAGCAAGUAUGCUUCACCAUCAUACCAGAGCAGGGCACUCAAGUAUGGGCUGUCCUCUCUAUUGACUCCAUAUUCGAGACCAUCAGCGUGCAGUCAGCAGCGAACAACGUCAUCAACCUCGAAGUUCCGCUCACGUCGCUGAACCGCGCCCUCAAGUCGGCCCUCAAUGCCACGUCGGCCCAGAUACGCCUCACCAAGAAGGACAACCUGCCCAUGCUUGCCCUCACCAUCGUCACCACGACCUCCUCGAAUACGUAUAGCGCCUUCCCUGCGGCCACAGCCAACAACGAUGAUGGCUUCGACGCUGCCUUUGACAACGAAUUCGGUGGAGGAAACCGCGAGACCAUUGUCACGCAGGAGAUACCCGUGCGGGUGCUUGCGCCAGACACUGUAGCGCAUCUGCAUGAGCCCGUCUGUAGAGAGCCAGACGUACACAUCAUACUGCCUCCUCUGAUGCAGCUGAAGAGCAUCAGCGACAGGUUCACCAAGCUCGCGCUGGCAGACACCAAGGCAAGCACCGCGACGACGGCAUCAAGGACACGACUAGAGGUUGCCGCCAACAUGCACGGCUGCCUGAGGAUGAGGAUCCGAUCCGACGCCAUGAACAUAUCCUCCAUCUGGACCGAUCUUAGCAAUCCAGAACUCGACCCUGGCCACGUCGCUGGUGGAGAGGAUGGCGUAGCUGAACACCCAAGCACGCGUAUGAAGCAGCUGGGCACGGCGGACGGGCGUAGUGAAGAAGGCUGGGCUACAGUGAGGAUCGAUGGGCGUGACUGGGGUAAGGUCAUGAGUGUGGGUAGGCUGGGGGGACGAGUUAUCGCUUGCUUCUGUCAUGAGCAUGCACUCAUCCUCUAUGUUUACCUACCCAACGAUAAUGGCGACGACGAGUCGGUCCUGACACAGUACUUUAUCAGCUCCUACAGCGCAUAG